GAAAAAAGAAUUUCUGUCUAUUCUCAAGUACCAAUUGAACAUGGAGAGCCUAUGCAAGUCCUGAGGUAUGAGAAGAAUCAGUUUUACAAACCACAUCAUGACUAUUUUUCUGAUACUUUCAACUUGAAGCGUGGUGGGCAGCGAGUAGCUACAAUGCUACUGUAUUUAAGUGACAAUGUUGAGGGAGGGGAAACAUAUUUCCCAGUGGCUGGUUCAGGUGAAUGUAGCUGUGGUGGGAAAUUUGUCAAAGGGCUAUCAGUGAAACCAAUCAAAGGAAAUGCAGUGCUUUUCUGGAGUAUGGGACUGGAUGGACAGGUAGAUCUGAAUAGUGUGCAUGGAGGAUGUGAGGUACUCUCUGGGGAGAAGUGGUCAGCUACCAAGUGGAUGAGGCAGGGAUUUCUCCCCUCAUAUUCGUCCUUAUAAAAAAAAUAAGUUUGAUUAGUUAUUGGUAAUAUAAAUAUUUGAUAGUGGUAAAAGCUUCAAUCAAUAAACUACAGCGUAGUGUGAUAUUAUUAUUUGCGCCGGGGAUGGUUUAGUCUAUAUCAUUGUGUAUCUUUGCGACCCUCUUUUUAUUCUAGUUUCUGGUAGAUCUAGACAUUUUAUCGGGAUUAUCAUUGGUCUUGGUCACAAGAAUGCUUUAAAUCGAUUACGUCCCGGUAAUAUAUUCCGCAAAACUAAUCUGUUUGUAAUGAUUUACGAAAUCCUUUUUAGUUUAGAGGAUGAGAACUUUGGCGUAAG